AUGGCCGCGCCAUCCCAAAAACAAAAUAUGUCUCAAUCAAACACACCUGCGACUUCCAGGCUCGAGAAGAGCCACCCGGGAGUGCGCAGAUCUACCCCGGAUUCAGAGGCUCUCGCUUCGUCCGACGACGACGGAGAGCAUGCGUUGACCCAGAAUAUGAUCUCCCCCAUUAAACCUCGACGUCGGACAUCAUGGCUCAACGAAGUCCCUCUCUCGGUGCAAAGGAAACACUCUCUUCCUGGUGGCCCCCUCUCUUCUGCUCCCUCUAAUCCCACAAGUCCCGCGACCGAUCAGGCGCCUUGGGCCACGAACCCCAGCCCGGGCAUAAGUGGCUCACUCAACUGGAACCAGUCCGGUUCAUUUCCCUGGGGAACGGGUAUAUGGAACCCGGAAUCCCGCAAGGAGCCACCGCCACGUCUCGCAGAGAUGGUCCCUUCCCCAACUAUGACCAGCCCCGCACCCCCUGGCUCUAUGGGUGAUGAACUGCUCAGCCCAAUCACCCGCACUAUCUCCGGCGAAUCGGCCAUUCCAUUCUCCAUUCCGCUGCACCCAACCCCCAAGACCUACCGCUCUCAGUCCUACUCUGUGGGACAAAUGGAUCCUGAGCAUCUCGGACUGAUGGCUCAGGCUGGCGCUGGAGCUAGCCAAUAUCCGAGCAACCGUACCCGAGGUCAGAAUUCGGCGGUUCAGCAACGUGGGCAGCGACCCAGCGUCUUGGGUGAAUUAGGGCACGACUCCGCCAUGCUUGGUCGUGUUCGUGAGGACGAUGACGGUUAUGACCUGAGCAACUCCGAGGAAGAUAGCCACUCCGCAAUUCAAGCCCGACAGAUUCAACAGCUGGCACGUGAGAACGCGCUCCUUCGUCAAGCCGCAGCCGCUGGCCAGCUGGACAACCGGUUCCGAGAUCGUGCAUCCUCAUCUGCCUCGAGUGCUCACCCACUUCAUCGUAUUCGAGGUGGUGUUCCCGAGGAAGAUCACGCGGGCGAGGACCUUGGAGACUUGCGUGACCUUGCCGGUUACGGCCAAAUGCGCGGCAGUGGCAGGCGACGACUAUCUGAGCACUCGGCCAACUUAGAGCAACAGUUCUCCUCGUUUGCCGCUCCGCCUUUGGAGAACCGGGCCUUGGAAAAUGUGCGCAAGGCUCAUUGGCAGACCUCCCUUGGAUUUGGGGGCAUUCCCGAACCUCCUCAGAGUCGCCGCCAUUCCUUUGCCGACAUCUCCCUGCGUCAUGGCUCUGUUGGUUCGGUCGAUUCUCACAACACCGCUACUCCGCGGGCUGGACUUGACGAUCGUGAUGAAUACGGCAACGUCAAUGAUUACGGUAAUGGCAAUGACUUCACCGGCUCCUUGCAGCAACAAUACUACGCUCGUGAGCAGACUCUGCGUGGUGAUGGAUCGUCUGGAAUCCCUGCGGCUCUUAAUCAGUACGCCAUGACCGGUGCCUAUGGCCGUCAGCCCCCUGCAAUGUCUCAUGGCCACCAGAACCAGCUCUUGUACAUUGUCACAUUCAAGUGUCAUCGAGCAGAUGUGUUCUAUAUCCAAGAGGAUACUGGCCUCCAAGUAAAGGUUGGUGAUCUUGUGAUUGUGGAGGCGGAUCGAGGAACAGAUCUAGGCACAGUACAGCAUGCGAAUGUGUCUCUCCAGAGAGCACGUGAGCUGAAACAGCAAUAUGCCGAGGAACAUUACAAGUGGCUCAUGAUGUUCUCCCGCCAGGGGGCCCUUGAGGGGGGCUCCGGUGUGGCCAAUGCAGGCAUUAACGCUCGAGGUGCGGAAGGAAUGGGUCCUCAUGCGCAUGGCGUUCAGGAGACGUCUACCGAAAUCAAACCCAAGCUUAUCAAACGCCUUGCUCAGCAACAUGAGAUCCUGACGCUACGUGACAAGGAAGGAAAUGAAGCCAAAGCCAAGCGUGUCUGUCUGCAAAAGGUUGCUGAGCAUCGGCUCAACAUGGAAAUUCUGGACGCUGAGUUCCAAAUGGACUGGAAGAAACUCACAUUCUACUACUUUGCCGAUUCUUACAUCAACUUCAACUCCCUGGUCACGGACUUGUUCAAAAUUUACAAGACUCGAAUCUGGAUGUCCGCCAUCAACCCUGCUUCAUUCGUGACGCCACCGAGUGCUGGCCUACCUGGUUCCGGCCCCAGUGGAAUGUCCAACCCACUCUUCAGCCAAGAUGCACCUCAAGGAGAUCGGCGACACCAUGAACGACCCUACGGCCGAGAUGCAGAGGCUGGACGUGAAGUGGCAAACCCUGUUGGCAUGCUUCGCACUGCUUUCACGGAUACCUACCAACCAUUUGUCCAGUCAUCCCGACAGGCAGACGCAGGACAACCUGAUCCUUUCGCCCCAUAUUCUCCUACCAGCUUCGGACCUCUGGAGACUGGUUUUUCUGACUACCCUUCCGGUAAUACGCCCAACACCCGCAUGCACCCGGCACAAGGUGAAUGGGUCGGCCGAUUCCAAGGUCUAUCGCUCAACUCCUGA